AUACAUCGUCGUCAUGAAGGAUACGUCAGGCAGUGACGCGGUCCAACACGUCAUGGGGAAGUACAGAUCCACGGUCUUCACGGCACAGAGCGAGGGGCGCAGGCGCGGCCACCCUGACGUCAUCGACAUGUUUCACAUGGAACCCGUAGACAUGAACAUGAACAUCCUCAAGGGAUUCGUCGCAGAAAUGACGCCUAGCGACGUGUCGAUCAUGAGAACCAUGCCGGACGUGGAGUACAUUGAAGAAGACCAGGUGUUUGAAAAGCAGUCAGCGGUCCCCUGGCAUCUAGACAGGAUUGAUCAACAGGACCUGCCACUGGACGGACGGUUCAACCGCCAGCCCAAGUUUG